UAGAUAUUUCUAGUUUCCUUAUUCAUAAUUACACAAGCCAAGUGAAAUUUUAAGCUCGAUUCGGUGGUUUCAGAGAAAGUAAAUCUUUUCUGUGGUUUCCCACCAUAUAUUGUGUCAAAGAUUGGUGGCUUUGCUUACGCCUAGGUCACGUCCUAAGUGUGGCCCCUUCCUUCAAAGGAAUGUUAGUUUUAUUCCCUGACUUCUGAAAUAACCCUCCAUGACAGAUCCAGCUGGGCUCUUUUGUGUGCUGAAUGCCUUUCUCUAGGCGGCCAGUAAGUAGUGAGCAGUGGCAUGGUUUCCAUCUCCAUUUAUGGCCUUGGAAGGGUGACAGGGACAUGGCUGGGACUCUCCAUUUACGGUCCUUGCAGGAGCUGAGAAGAGUGGCUGGGGUGUUCUUGGAGGGCAGAAAGUAGACAUUGUGAGAUAAAAAUAAAUAGGAGAUGUUUGCAAUUCAAAUUCCAGUCCCUGGGGGGAGGGCAGAAGGCACCGGGAAGGGGAGUGUGUAGGAAGUCAGAUGAGAUCUGCUGCAGGCAUUUGUCUCCUUCCAUUGGAAGGGUUGCUCAUCACACGUUUCCCAGGUUCAUUUCUGAUUUGUUCCAGAAAGUUGUGUGUUACGUACUUGUGACUCUCCUUUACAAAGAGAGAGGAGGAACACUAAUUAAAGUGUGGCAGAAACCUAACUUCUUUAAGGCAUCAUUUGAGGCACCAGAAGAAAUCUCCAGAAAGGGAGAAUGAGACAGGGGAUAGGCUGGCUGGUUUUAGGACGGGGUGACUCUAGUCACUCCUCUGCUUUUGUCAGAGGGAGAUCAUCAUCCGUGUCUUAGGUUUAUUAUUCCUUUUGCCCGUCUGGAUUUCUGGCCUGGAGGGACAGAUCUGCAAAGUAUUUGACAGAGUGUCUUCCUGUAGCUUAUCAACUGCGAUUUAAAGGUACUGAACUUCCGAGGAGGCCCGAUAAAGAUUAUUCAGAGUUGGUUUUGUUUGGCGAGAAUAGAGGACGUGUUGGCUUAUGGAGAGUCAUCUCACAUUCAGGAGAAGUUUAUAGUCCGGCUCAUGCGUGUAAAGUAAGCCUGAGGUGAACUUGUUUGGCACAGCUGAGUUAGAAAGUAUUUGGAGCCACCAGAGAAAAAGGGUCUUGCCUGUCACGAAAAUCCUCAGAGUAAAACCUAGUAGAGUGGAGAGGAGAGUAGAAGGAACAAAAGGAGACAGCGAUGGGACAGAGGACGAAUGUAACUAAACUAAAUUUGGAACUAAGGCACAAGGACUGGGACUAAGUCCUUGAUUUAUUUUUUGAAAUGUCGUGUAAGAUAGCAUAAGAUGUACCAUGAAACGAAGGAAAUCCUCAGAAAUAUGCGUUAGAAGACCACGAAGCAAGUUGAAGCGUUGUGCAAGAUAAUAAAACUAUCCAGGUUUCAUCUGCGGAUUUGCAUAAUGAUAUUUGCUGUGUGCUACAAAAAAGAAGUGAAAUAACACCCUUCCACCUCACUUCCCCCGCAAAAGGAAAUCAUGGGCUUCGUUUGUCGGUGUGUUUGGCUGGCGGUUUGUGUUGGUAGAAUAGACUAGUGUUAUCACUGGCUAAUUUUUAGAUGUAGGUAUUAGUGUAUUUCUUGAUGAUUGAUGUCUGAGACUGGGAAUCUGUAGCAUUAUUGAUUUGAUCUCUUUUAAAUUUUAGCAACUUCCCCAAAGACAGAGUGAGUUAGUAAAGAUUAUGGACUAUGAGCUGGAGUCAGAUGGCAGCACUAUGGAGGAGUAUUCACAGGAGGACUGGGGAAACCACAGUCAGGAUCUCCACGGCUAUCCAACAGAUCAGGAAUUGGAUGAAAUACCUGUCACAAAGAGAACAUUAAAAAUAAAACAAGAGUCUUCUGAAGAAGCACAGAAAAGAGACAUCAUGCAGAAUAUCAUACAGAUUUUGGAAUCAGUACAGUUGAAAUGGGAACUGUUUCAGAGCUGGACAGACUUUUCAAGGCUUCAUCUCUCUAAUAAACUGGCCAUUUUUGGAAUUGGUUAUAACACCCGUUGGAAAGAGGAUAUCCGUUACCAUUAUGCUGAGAUCAGCUCCCAGGUGCCCCUUGGCAAGCGACUCCGGGAGUACUUCAAUUCUGAGAAGCCUGAGGGACGGAUCAUCAUGACCCGAGUGCAGAAAAUGAACUGGAAAAACGUUUACUACAAGUUUUUGGAGAUCACUAUUAGUGAAGCGCGGUGCCUGGAGCUGCACAUGGAAGUUGACUGGAUACCCAUUGCCCACUCCAAACCAACCGGUGGGAACGUUGUUCAGUAUUUAUUGCCGGGAGGCAUUCCCAAAAGCCCAGGCCUUUAUGCCAUUGGCUACGAAGAGUGUAUUGAGAGGCCCCCCUCACCCCAUGUGGAGCGACAUUCCCUGGACCCAGGAAAGGAGGGCCGGGUUGACUUGGAAACCCUUUCAGCACAAGCCUCACUACAGGUGGAAAUAGAACCUACCCGAAUUAUCUAUUGCUACCUCGGGAUCGCUGAGGUCAGGACUCUGCAGCAAUGCUUAUUUUUGCAUUUCCAAGCAAAUACCAAAACCUUCAGCAAAGAUUGGGUCGGUAUUAAUGGGUUCUUGUCUCAGAACUGUAUCGUGGAUCCUGGAGUUUCCCCCAAAUCCAUCUAUAUCAAAUUUGUAGAAGUAGAGAGGGAUUUUCUUUCCGCUGGCUCUUUAGUUGAGUGCCUGGAAAAAGCCAUUGGCUACCCCUUAAAAUUUAACAACUGAAUGUCAUCCUUCAUAAGGAUUUGGGCUCUUACCUCUCUCUUCUUUACUCACAUCCUGUUACCCAGACUGUCCCUCAUCCGGAUGCUGCCAUCAGACUUCAUGGAAACUCUUUCCACGAUCGGGCCAGUACAACUAAGAAAUCAUAGUAGACUUUGGGCAGAAAAAACAGACCUCACCUGAAAAUGCUCAUUUUGAGCCAGCAAGCUAUACAGCGGACUUGCAUGGUGGGUCAGUUGUUUCUUUUUUAAAAACAAAAAUCAAUUUUUAAAUGGAUUUUAGAGCCCUGAUGUAAACAAAUGUAGGUACAUUCCAUAUUGGACAAAACUUAUACUUUGAGUUUCAUAUGAAAUUGAAAAAUUGUAUUUUUUUCACGAUGUUUCAUUUUUACACAUCUCUAUGUCUCUAUAUAAGUAUUAUUUACAACCUUGAAUAAAUAAGCAAUAGAUAAUGGCAAGUUAAAUCUUGAGUCACAGUAAAUAAGACUGUUUUUCAAUAUUACCCUUAGCUACUAUUGUAUAUAAUUUAGAGUUUCAUUUUUUUCACCAAUCAAGUGUUUUGCUAUUCCCAAUCAGUGUUGCCUGCAAAGACCUUUGUUUCUGUGAUGUACCAACUUUAUGGUUGUGCUGCCAUUUAAACUUUUUUUUAAAAAAUCAUUAAAGUAAUUCCUGGCCUCUUGGCGUACUAGUGGAGCUUUUUGUAGCAGAGUGUGGUCGCACUGGCAGUGGGACUGUGCUCUGACUUUACUGCUAGGGAUGAACACAACAGAGUAGGGCAGCUUCACUUCCUUUCACUCUCUGUACCCCACUGACCAAUGUCAUCUCUUGUCAGAGUAACAAAGGUCAUUGGACAUUUCAUUUUGUGCUACUUUUUAAAAAGCUACAAAAGGAUAUUCCUUUUGGCCCUACGUACAUGAAUUUGUAAGAGACUCUCAUUCCUCAUCUUUACAAUCAGUAAUCGGGGGCAGCUCUCUCAGGAGCACAGGUGGAGAAUUGAUGUCAUCAUACUUCCUGUAAAAAAGGAGGGAAGAUCUAAUAGAAACAUCCAAACAAAAAUUUUAAGUGAUCCAUAGGCUAGGAAACUGUAAGGUAUCAGUCCAUUAGGAGGGUAACUGUCACAUUUAGAUCUUUCAGUGAUUUCUGUGGGUCAACUAGCACUCCAGUUGGAGGUUAGUACUCUUGGCUAGGAACUACCUUACUAGUGGAGUAGUCAAGGGUCACUUUGGUCUCAUGACAGGGACUUGUUAGAUUGGUUAUUUAUCUUUAAUGAUUCCCCCAGCAUCUCUCGGGUACUCUACUUUAAAUGGACUGCAAAUCCAGGUAAGAGCUAUAAUUCUCCCCGUUUUUCUGUACUAUUGAAGAUAAGAUUGCAUAUUGAUUUAAAAAAUGUUCUUUCCUGCAA